UCGAAAUAUCAGCCGCAGGAAGGGCCGGCAUGGAGUCGCGUCGCCAUCACCAGAGGUCCCGCAGCGCGCGCGGCCCACCCCCGCUCCCGCCCCACCCGCACCCCCACCUCCAGCCGCAGCCCCGCCACCACCGCCAGAACCCUAGCCUCUCCCCCGCCGCCGCCGCCCACAUCUUCUGCCAGCUCCACCCCAUGGACGACGACGCCAUCUCGACGCUCAUGGACGUCGACGACUCGCCGCUCGGCGCCGCGGGGUCCGGCUUCCUCGACGAUGACGACGGCGACGGGGACAUGCUCCUCGCCCCGCACCGCGGGGGCCGCGGCGGCGGCGACGGGCGCGGGCCCCUACUCUUCGCCGGGUUCUACAACACCUUCGACGGCGCCGACUUCGACGACGCCGACAUCGCCUGAGGGAGCGCGCGGCUCGGGAAUUGGGCGGCCAUUUCGUGGGUCGCGAUCCGAGGGAAGUUAGAGUUCUGUCUUGUCAUGUUCUGUCGAUAUCGUGAUGGGAUCUUUUAAUUAGCAUAUCGGUUGAGACCCCCUUUGAGACAUCUGGAGACAAUUUGGGAUCAAUAUAGGCACCUUUGUGCCGCGUUGUUCGCGGAUCAUUGUGCAUUUGCGCUUGCUCGUCUUUGUUGGUAUUUUUGGCUUGAUCGCUUUGAUCUA